GCUCGUCACAUACCAGCAGAGAAGGAGCACCUCUUGCUCUUCAUGCAUGAACGGUUCCUUUCUAUGGAAGAGGCUGCCUCCUUCUUUGGUGGGGACGAGGGUAUUGAGGCGAUCCUCAGUCAAGAUGAAUUUGCCCAUGCGCUACGGCGGAGUGGUUAUGGUCGCCCUGCUCCGGAGCAGCUCUUCCAUUCCUUCUCCGAAGGUCAAAAUAGGAUCAAAGUUCGCGAUCUCUUGCAAUUUAUCGUGCGGCUUCCAGAGGACCAGUUGUCUCCGGUGAAACCCGAUCUAAGCCCGGACGAACUUUCAACAAUGAGCGCAACCAAAAGUCGAACUCUUCCGCAGCUACCGUCUGCCAUCCACAGCCGGAGCUCCAGCAUGCGACAGGUCCUUUCGGGUGAGGACUUUUCUCCGCUUCCCAAUGCGGCUGGACAGGAUCCCACUAGUGCGUCAAUCCGAACCCUGGGUGAUGAUGCACUGCUUCAGGAGGAAGCCAGAACGGUGAGGGCAGAGAGUGCGGAACUGCGGCAGGCUUUGUCUGAGGCGCUUCGGCUCUUGGCGGAGGAGCGCCGUGAGCGCUUGACGGACAAAGCCGAGGCGCAGCGGCGGCACAAGGAGUUGGAACUCUGGGCAGAAGAUCGAAUUCGCGGGGUCGAGCACCUGGCGAGAGGGCACCGCGGAAAUCCGAACUUCUGUGCAGGAGGCCAGGGAAGCCGGAAGCUUUUCAUUAGCGCUUCACUGUCGCAAAAAGGGAACGGCUUCUUUGGGACCUUUGAAUGGCAGCUGGCAAACAUUCGUCGGAAGAGCAGCAUUCGACACUUGUCAAGAGUGCACGGGAGGCCCUGCAAUUGGGAGAGCUUUCGGAGUUACCUGGCCUUGAUCUGUGGAAGUUUCCUUGAAAUGACUUUAGCCUAUGGAGAAGUUGCAAGAUCUCAGCUUCAGAUGGCGCAGCAGUUCCAAUGCUCAAGCUUCCUCAAAUCCUUUCCGUAA